AUGUACGUCGUCGCGCUUUCUCAAUCCCCUUUCCUACGCUCCUCGUUCUCCGCUCCCCCUCUGCUCCCCAUGACCUCCUCCCCUCUCCUACGCUCCCAAUCUCCGCUCUCCCUCUUCUACGCUCCCCAUUCUUCUCUCCCCCUUCCGACGCUCCCCAUUCUCCACUCCCCUUCUGAUGCUCCCCAUUCUCCGCUCACUCCUCCGCUCCCCAUUCGCCCCCUUCCCCCACUUCGCAUUCUCCCCUUCCCCCUCUCUCCCCGCCCUGGCAGUGUGGCUGUGUGUCUGGUGGGGGGCGCACGGGACUUAGACGCUACAGGCCCCGCCAUCAUACACCACCUGCUGCCGUCCCUGCUGCCCUUCGAUCUCUUCAUCCACGCACCGUUGGAUGAAAACGCCGCGAAGAUCUCAGCCCUUGCUCGCGCUCAUGCCAUGCAUGGGGAUCAUGCUACAGCUAGCAGCAGCAGCAGCAGCAGCAGCACGGGCAACCAGGAUGGCAGCAGCAGAAGUGGCUAUAACGAGCAGCAGAGCGCAGCUGGGAAAAUGGCUGGUGCUAUAAAGGGAGUGCGGGUGUUCCCGGUUGUGCCUGUAGAUGCAUCACUUUAUCCCGGGUCUAUUAUCAUCCUCCCCUGGGGAUCUCCGAAUGGGGUUCAGGGGAUUCUGCAGUAUUUCAGGCAGAUGAACAGCGAGGUGACAUUCAAGCUGCAGCUCAAAUCUCGAGACAUCGUCAUCCAACCUGCCAGCCUGCCCUUCUGUGUGCUCUCUCACCAUGCCUUUCCUUCCCUGACGCCUCUCCUUGCCCCCUCUCCAAUCCACCUGCCCUGCCAGGCAGAUGAACCGCGAGGUGACAUGCAAGCUGCAGCUCAAGUCGCGCGAUAUAGCAGUGCAACCUGCCAGCCUGCCCUUCUGUGUGCUCUCUCGUCCCGAACCUUCCAGUACUCCUGUCCAUCGUCCCCUUACUUGGCUCCACCUUUCCCUGCCAGGCAGAUGAAUAGCGAGGCAGAUGAACAGCGAGGUAACAUUCAAGCUGCAGCUCAAGUCCCGGGAUAUAGCAGUGCAACCAGCCAGCUUGCCCUUCUGUGUGCUCUCCCACCAACUCUUUCCAUCCCCCCUGCCAGGCAGAUGAACAGCGAGGUAACAUUCAAGCUGCAGCUCAAGUCCCGGGAUAUAGCAGUGCAACCAGCCAGCUUGCCCUUCUGUGUUCUCUCUCGUCGGGCCUUCCCUGACGCCUGCAGCAGCAUCACUGUCUCUAUCAACGCGUCUGUGCCUCUCAACGGCGCCAAGUGCCAACCCUGCCACCCCUGCGCUGAGGGGAAAGAGGUGGAAGCUAUUUUGAAUGCCACGUCACCAUCAUCUGACAAGUGGCUGGGUCCCGUCCAAUCAGGAGUCGCCUUCUGUCCCGGUGGGAAGGGGAGAGGGAAGGGGCGGUCUGGUGCGGAGGGAUCGUGGCCGUCGGAUUGGGAGGAGAUUUUCCGACGAACGGUGGGAGAUGAGCUGGCGGCGAGGCAGAGGAGGAUCAGAAGCAGAGUGGGUGAAAUCGACACGUGCACUCGGUUAUUGGAAAAGAUGAGAGCGACUGUGUCCAACUGGGACGCCCCCUCGCCUCUCGCCCUCUGCGUCCGCUCUGCUCUCGGUGCUCCCAGCGUGCUUGGCGCCCCACACGACUCCUUCCCCAUCUUCUCCCCUCUGCUCUCCGCCAAAGGGUAUGUCUUUGCUGCUUCCUCCUGCCCUAUUCCCCCUCUCUCAUCUCCCCAUUCUCCUGUUCAUUGCGGUCGAUGCUCCUCCAACUCUCUCGCCCACUCACUGCUCCCAGCCUACUUACCGGCCCACAAGACUCCCUUCCCAUCUUCCCCUUUCUGUUUUCUCCUGAAAGGUGUGCAUCCGCCGUUUUCCCCUACCCCAUUCCUCCUCUCUCAUCUCCCCAUUCUCCUGUUCAUUGCGGUCGAAGCUCUUCCAACUCUCGCCCUCUCGCUGCUCCCAGCCUACGUGCCGCCCCACAAGACUCCUUCCCCGUCUCCCCUCUGUCGUGUUUUGAGUCGAACCAAAACACGACUCGCUGCUCCCAGCCUACUUGCCACCCCACAAGACUCCUUCCCAGUCUUCUCCCCUCCGUUUUCCCCCGAGAAGUGUGCCUUCGCUGCUGUCCCCUACCCCAUUCCCCUGCUCUUUCUAAUGUCGUCGCUCUCUACCUCCCUCUCACUGCUGCCAGCCUACCUGCGUGUUUCUUUUACUCACUCCUGUCUCAUUCUUUCUCCCUUCCCUCCUUACUCCUCUCCCCCUCGCAUCAGAUCAGCGACAGGGAAAGCCGGAGCAGGAGGAGCAGCGGGAGGAGCAGCGGGAGGAGCGGAGGGAGAGCAAGCACAAGAAGGGCAAUCGUGGGAGGAUGCAGUGGAGAGGGCACAGCCAGGGGUGCGGGUGACCAGAGCAUCGUUUGCUGACCUGCAAUUGGCUGCUGACCGGCAGGAGAUUGUUCCUGUAUUGAAGGUGAGUACCUCCUCAGCUCACUCGCCUCGUUCUCCCUGCCUCCGGUCUGCCUCCUCUACCCAAGAGCCCCUUUUUGCCAUGCCCGUCCCCCCCUUCCUCCCCCCUGCUUCCCCAGGUCACAGUGCAUGGGCCGACACAGCCCAUCGAGCUGCUCACCUCACUCGCCUCCUUCUCCCUCCCUUUUCGGUGUGCACCAUACAACCCAACCUACUCACAUGA